AUGGAAAGUUCACCUUAUAGAGAUUGUAACGAUGGAGUGCAACGGUUUGUGGAGCUGCCGACGUACACGGAGGUGAAUCCGGGCGAGGAUGCACUGCUGAAGUGCCGCAUUUCCGAUAAGAAGGGUGUCUGCUCGUGGCAGAAGGAUAACAAGCCCGUCGGCAUAUACCGGGGCAAGUAUGAAUGGGCGAACGAGCACAGUGCCGUGGGUGGCGACUGCUCGCUGUGGGUGCGCGCGGCCACACUCCAACUCGAUGACGGACAAUGGCAGUGCCAGGUCACCGCUAGUAAUUACGACGUUCAGGACGCACUUUCGAGUCCUCCUGCGGCGUUAGCUGUGCGAGUUCCACCACAGACGCCUAGGAUACUCUUCAACGGUUCCCACGUAUUGCCAGGUCAGAACAUCACUGUUCCCGCUGGAUCCAGAGCGACCGUCGUCUGUGAAGCUAGAUAUGGCAACCCACCCGCGUAUAUUGAGUGGUACUUAGAAAAGGACCGCCUUUCCGCAUGGAGUCAAACUAACGCGUCAGAAGUAGAAAGACCACGAGUAUGGGCGGCGCGAUCCGUGCUCGAGAUGGGCGCGACUAGAUCUGCACACGGCAAGCAGCUGGCGUGUCGAGCGCACCAUCCUUCCUACCCAGCACCUUACUUCCGCGACUCGUACACAAUGUUAGAUGUGACCUUUGUACCAGUAGUUUCAAUACUUGGAGCAGAUGCAAGUGGACUCUCCAGUCUAGAAGAGGGUUCGAGCGCUUUGUCAUUAGAUUGCAAAGCAGAUGGCAAUCCUAAACCUUAUGUGUGGUGGACGAAGGACGGUCAGGUCAUCGCUACUAACGGUCCCAAGCUGAUACUUGCGCCGGUUAUGAGGAAUAAUUCGGGUAUCUACGGGUGUCAAGCAAGAAACUCUUUGGGGACAUCCGAUUCGGUUAAAAUAGAAAUCAACGUUAAAUUUCCACCACGUAUUACCUGGGUUGGUCCCGACACAGUGGUUGAAGCGAACCUCUUCUCACAAGUCACUCUUGUGUGUAAAGCAGAAGGCAACCCAGCUCCAACAUAUCAGUGGUAUCAUAGUCCCGGUUCAGCAAACAUCAACAAUUUAUUGGAAGAUGGCUACUUAAUAUCGUCAACUCCACAACUGCAGCUAUACAACGUAUCCUACAAUCAGCAUGGACAGUAUGUUUGCAUCGCUAAGAACCUCAUUGGACUCGAAGAAAGAUCCCACCAGUCAGAGCCAAUCACCCUGAACGUACUAGGACCGCCAGUGGGUCCUGAUACAGCCUCUGCUCAUGGGUGGAGCGGCAAUGAAGCUAAAGUACAGACCACAGUCUGUGCUGACCCGCCACCAAGAAAGGCCUCAUGGCUGUGGGGCAGCUUGCGAUUAGACGUGCCUUCGCAUAUGGGUCGGUACAGAGCACUAGAGACGGAGAGUGUGGACGGCUGUUAUCGCUACACGCUGUCUAUAGGCAGCGCCUCGACCGCCGACGCUCGAGUGUACGUACUGCACGUAGAGAAUGAGAGGGGAUUCUCUUCUCAUGCUGUCUCUCUCACCUUGCAUGAGAAUUUUUCGCUAACAGAGACUGCCCACGUGGCGCCGCUGAUCGCCGGCGCGCUCGUCAUCGCUGCUCUGCUUGUGCUUCUAUUCUGUCUUCUAAUACGCUGUCGAAGGAGAAGAGAUAGCGUCGAAUAUAAGACUGAUGAAUUAAAUAGCGACGUAAAAGUCCUACCGGCGGACGCCGUGUACACGCCGCAGCAGUCCCACGCGAGUUUGGGCAACAGGAGCACUGGGACCGGGUACUCACAGUCGGGGCCGGGCAUGGACGUGGAGAGCUCGCGGUACUCGCCGGGCGCGCUGCAGGCAACUUUAGCGUCGUUGGAAAGACAAGCCAAAGAAAACGUGUACGCGGUGUUGAAUCCGCAUAUACAAUACGAUAUUACUAUAAAUAAACACGGGGAGCCGCCGAAGUAUUUAUCACUUUCCAAGCCCUUAACUCACCAAAGAACUCACGCUUCCGAUCCAUGUUACUUUGCAAACGACUUUAAUAACAAUAAUAACAAACUAUCCACAUUUAAACCUGGCCACAGAAAAUCAGAUAGGAGUCAUAGAAGUAAAAGUAGUAAUAACAAAAAAAAUUACGUUUGCAGGAGUAAUAUUGAUAUAGAAUAUUCCAAAGAUCCUUUAUUUGGAAUGAUAAGAGCCACAGAAAGCAAAGAUACAGCUAACGCUUAUGCUCGUUCAAGUAGAAAUAAUGUAAAUAGGAUGAAAUCUGCGGGAGAAAGAAAAAAAACAGAAACAGUAAAAGACGUGUUUGUUGAAAGGGAUUUCGCUAAACCAUAUUCAAAAAGAACACCGAAUCAUAUUGAUAAAAGUACAGAUAAGCAAACGCUAACAGAAACGUUACAAAAGAACAAAAUAGAAAGUGUUAGUGAAAAGCAAGUAUUUAAUCGCAGUAAAGAAGACAUAGUGGAAGACUGUAGACCGAGGCCCGGAAAAGUGAGAGAGAUUGCGUCAAAAUUCGACAAAAAUAGCAAAGAUUGCGCUCAAUCAAUACAUUUUAAGAGAGAGAGACCUAAACCAAUUCAGAGUUACGGUCAUCAAGCGUAUCUAGAUUAUGUAUUCCCAGAUGCUGUAGAAAUUUAG